AUGGAUCUCCCGUAUCCCAACCAUUUCAUCUCUUUAGGAGCUCUAUCCCGGCCACUAACUAAUCUCUUUUUCCUCCUUCAUUGCACAAUAUUAUUGCCCUUCCAAGCUCCUGCACCUUCCAUCGUUGCAACGAGAAAUACCGAUGACCUACAGGCUCUCCUUUCCAUAAGGUCUCAUUUGGAUCCAUCAAAAUCCUUGUCCUUAUGGGGUAGUGAAAAUCAAACCACGCAUUAUUGCAAAUGGCGAGGCGUGAAGUGUGGUAGCUCUCAACACCCUGGGAGAGUCACAGCUCUGGAUUUAGACUCCCUUAACUUAGCAGGCCAAAUAUCACCUGAUAUAGGGAACCUUACCCUCCUUCAAAGGCUCAACCUCUCUGGUAACCAACUGCAAGGAUAUAUCCCACAAGAGCUUGGCCGCCUAUCCAACCUUCAGUUUCUCAUUCUGAAGGAUAAUGCUCUUGAAGGCACUAUUCCUACAAGUUUAGCCAAUUGCUCUAACCUUAUGCUCCUAAGCCUAGAUUAUAACAAGCUAGUAGGAGAGAUUCCUACGGAGCUUGCGAGCCUACCUAGACUUUCUGUUCUCCUCCUUGCUAGAAACAAUCUUACGGGAUUCAUCCCUCCUUCCUUAGGGAAUGUCUCAUCUUUGGUAGGCAUUGACCUAUGUGAGAACAACUUAAGGGGACAAAUCCCCUCAAGUCUUGGAAGACUUGUCCGCUUAAAACAUUUCACUAUAACUAACAAUAGAUUGACAGGAGAGAUCCCAUCCACUUUUCUUAACUUAUCUUCCCUUUGUAUAAUCUAUGUUGGAGAUAACCAACUCUCUGGGGUUCUCCCAUCCGCUAUGGGCAAUAUGCUCCCUGAGCUUCAAGUCCUGCAAGCAUUCAAUAAUCAAUUCAAAGGUUCUAUUCCCAUUUCACUACCAAAUGCUUCAAGGCUUGAACAUAUUGUGUUGUGUUACAACGAACUUAGUGGCCCAGUGCCCAGGAAUAUCGGUAUGCUACGAAAUCUAGAUUCGCUGAGUCUUAACGAUAAUCUACUAGAAGCUAAGCAAGACGAGGACUGGAAAUUUCUAACAUCUUUAGUCAAUUGUAGCAACCUGAAAACAUUGGAUCUAUCCAACAACAUGCUGGAAGGCGCACUGCCAAGCUCAAUAGCCAAGCUAUCCACUCAACUGACAUGGCUAGGCUUGGCAGGGAAUCGACUAAAUGGAAAUAUUCCUGCAGAGAUUGGGCGAUAUAUCAACUUAAAUGGGCUUUUCAUGGAUCGGAUGCUUCUCACAGGUAGAGUGGGGUUCGACCCGCUCUCCUCAAACCGAGUCGUGCGAUCCACUCACUCGCGGCUCCCUCCAACUUUCUCCAAAGCCCUCGUCUCCCCAUACUCCCUCGCCCUCCCACACAUCCCCUUCGCCUCCUCCCCUUUCCCCAUUAUCCUCCCCGCCGCCGCCCUCACCAUCCAGUUCUCCUCCGUCGCUGUGCCCCACCGCUGGUAUUGGCCAUGCGGUGCCUUCACCCCCGAACAGAACUGCUUGGUCAUCGAGAAUCUCAUCACCAAUGGCGCCUCCAUCCUCGAGACCGCCACCCCGCUCCAUGCCAAGAACCUCAAGCUUCAGAAACUUGAGAAAUUGUUCUUAAACGAGAACCAAUUCACAGGAGAUCUUCCAUCCUCUCUUGGUGACCUAACACAGUUGCUUGAACUCCAUUUAGAUCAAAACAGUCUGCAAGGAGGAAUACCCUCAAGUUUUGGGAAGCUACAAAAGUUGCUACUCUUGGAUCUCUCAUACAACAAACUUUAUGGCUCCUUUCCUAGGGAAAUAACAGACCUUGCUUCCCUGACAUUUUACCUCAACUUCUCACAUAACUCACUGAUUGGGCCCCUGCCAUCAGAAGUUGGCAAACUGAAGAAUCUUGGAACAUUGGAUGUUUCUGAGAACAACCUGUCAGGAGAGAUUCCUAGCACUCUCUCAGAAUGUCAGGUCUUGCAAUAUCUCUAUAUGCAAGGCAACCAUUUUCAGGGGGCCAUUCCAACUUCUUUAAGCUCCUCGAACAGUAUCACAGUCCUAGAUCUCUCUCGCAAUAACUUGUCCGGGUCCAUUCCGGAUUCUUUUGAGGGCUGUAAACAUUUGCGGCUUCUGAAUCUCUCUUUCAAUGAUCUCGAUGGUCCAGUGCCAAAUGCAGGGAUUUUUUUGAAUGCCAGUUUGGUGUCGGUCAUUGGAAACCACAACCUAUGUGGAGAAAAUCAUGAGUUGGACUUGCAGACAUGUCCUAACCAAGAGUUCAGGAAAUCAGAUCAUGCACUCGGAGUAGUCAUCACAAUUGGAAUUAUGAUACCUUUAGUUAUUGUGUUUUUGUGUGCUAUUAGACUUCGGAAGCCAAAGAGUAAGAUAGCUUUGCCUCUGCACCCAUUAGAGGGCAAUUAUCCAAUGACCUCUUUCGCUGAGUUAUAUAGAGCAACUGAUGGGUUCUCUGUGGCUAAUCUAAUCGGUGAGGGAAGUUUUGGCUUUGUAUACCGUGGAGUGCUGAAUUUUGAGCCAAAAGAGGUUGCCGUUAAGGUACUCCAUCAUCAUCAACGAGGGGCUUUAAGGAUCUUCCAAGCUGAAUGCAAAAUCUUGAGAAGCAUUCGGCAUCGAAACCUCCUUAAGAUCUUGAGUGCCUGCUCUAGUUUUGAUCGCAAUGGUGAUGUUUUCUUGGCUCUUGUUACUGAGUUGAUGCCGAAUGGGAGUUUAGAUAAAUGGCUGCAUCCGAGAGUGGAUGAGGAGGAGGUCUUGCAUAGGUUGACCCUUCUUCAAAGAAUGAACAUAGCAAUCGAUGUGGCUUCAGCUUUGGACUAUCUCCAUCACUACAGUGGCACACCAAUUGUUCAUUGUGAUUUGAAGCCAAGCAAUAUUCUUCUCGACAAGGAUAUGGUUGCUCAUGUGUGCGACUUUGGGCUUGCAAAAUUUCUGAUGGCGUCAUCUCAUGGGGAUUCUUCUCCAGUGACAAGCCACACAAUUGGAAUAAAAGGAUCCAUCGGAUAUGUUGCUCCAGAGUAUGGCAUGGGCAGCAAAGUCUCUACUCAAGGGGAUGUGUACAGUUAUGGAAUACUUUUGCUGGAGAUGUUCACUGGACUGAGACCCACUGAUGAUAGAUUUAAAGAUGGUCUAGACAUUCGUACUUUUGUAAAGAUGGCAUAUCCUCAACAUGUAAUGGAUACACUAGACCAGGCUCUACUCUUGCGCGAGGAGAAUGGAAUAAAUAUAUCCGCUUGUCAGGGUGCAGUCAUUGCAAGAGAGAAGACACAUGAUUGCUCGCUAUCAAUCAUUAAAAUAGGUCUGUGGUGCACUGAGAAAUCACCACAACAACGAAUGAAGUUGGGAGACGUCAUCAAAAUAAUGCAUGCCACUAGGGAGACACUUCUAGGAGAUUCACCUUACGAUAUCCAAAAAUAUCUUAAUUGA